AUGAAAAUUUCAACAGACAUAUUGUGGUUAAUCCAAAAGAAGUGCACUUCCGUUCGGUUGAUCAAUUUCUAACAAAAUCAUCUUUAUCUUCUUUUUCUUCUGAAUCACUGUCGACCUUCAACUUCCAUCUUCAUACAUGCCUUUACUCAAGAACUAUAAUUAAACUAUCACACAAUUUCUGAUAACAGAAACCCCCACAUCCAGGCAACCCGAGAUUCCGUUCUAACAGACUGCUUGUGGGAACUGGCUUAUUUCCUGGGUUACAAGAUUUUGGAUUGCUCAGAAAGCAAGAUGUUAUCUGUUUAUCUCCAUCACCCACACUGAAUUUAUGAAUGCAUGUGAUAAUAAGCUUUGAUUCCAUUAAAGCAAGUUUAAUAAUAGAAACAAUUUGAGGGGAGAUAUAAGUUAUUCUUUCCUUCCCCCAAAACCCUUCGUCCAUUUACUGUUUUCGUGAGCUUCAGAAAAGCUUAUGCUUCUAGUUUUCUUCACAUCCAAUACUUUCUCUAGAAGAAAGAAAGAAGAAGAGCAUAAUAUAUAAGAUACUUUGCACAAUGCAAAAUUUCAUCAAGGAAAAGAGAGUGAGAUUUUGUGAUCCUCAGGAGGAGGAAGCCAAGAAAGGUACCGAAACAAGUCCAACAUCUCAACAAAUAGAUUCCUUCAUGGGAGAUUAUUUGGGUAACAAGGUGCAGAACUGGUUGCAGAAGCAAUUUCCUGGGCCAAUUAAAGAUGAUUAUGAUCCUAAGCAGAGCGAGUUAGCAGUGGCGGUUGCAGCUGUGACAUAUUCCAUUUGCUCUCUGGAAGAAACUGAAGCAAGAUACAGAAGAACGGCGAGGGAAGAGCUCAAAUUGUCGAGGACAAAGUCAAAGAGUAUAAAAGAAAAUACACCAACUAGGCAGCCAAGUUCUGCUAGACUAACCAGGGGUCUCGACAGCAAGCACCAGGAAAGAGGUGAAUCUUCUUCUAGAAAUUUGGUAGAGGUGGAACGUUGGCAACACGAAAGUACUAUACCGAUCAGCAGGCCAAGUCAUUCAUCCACUGUAAGAACUAUGAGCACUGGGGAGAGAAAACCAAAGCAGCAGGCAAGACACAAGAAUGUGGAGACAAGAGCUGUUGCUUGGGAGAAAAAUCAAAUGGAAAAGAUCAAUAAAUGGCACGAGAAAGUGAGAUCUUCAAUUCUUACUUGGGAGAAUGAGAGGAAGAUGGAAGCCAAGCUCAAAAUGGAAAGGAAAAUGAGGGAAUUGGAGCAUAAAAGGGCUUUGAACCAGCAGCACUACCAGAACAAAAUAGCUAGAAUCGAGCGUAUUGCCAGAGGUGCAAAAGCACAAGUAGAGGAAGAAAGAAGAAACAAGGAGCAUGAGAUAAAACAAAGGGCAAAAAAGAUUAGAUCAAAACGAAAAUUUCCUCUCAUUCUUUUCUGCUGUUAAAUGGCUGAAAACAAAACUGAUUUAUGGACUUUGAAACAAAUUGUACAAAUUAUAUCAAUGUAUGUAAUAAGCAAAUUUCCACAAUGGGGAAAGGAUUGUAUUUAUCAUAUUGAAUUCAAUAAGUUUGGUUCUCCACUUUUCUAA